AUGGCCCGGAAACCAUCGUUUUUGGAGCACAUUUCAGACCAUGACAAAGAUGAAAGUCAACGGUCAAGACCAAUGUUGAUUCCUCGGCAGGAACCUGCAGUGCAUUCAGAGGGCGGCACAAGUGUUACCGAAGAAACUUUCAGCAGCUCACACUCCUCGGAGUCAUUCGUUCCCGCAGAAGAUCACCCUCUGUCGAAACAUAGUUCCCAGCAGCAAAACCAUCAAAAUUCAAGCCAACAGCUUGCUGAGCAGGAGUCGUGUUUCCGGGUGGGAUCUAACGUGUCGCAGCUCUCUGGUAUUGCACAAAAUUCGCCGCGUAGUAUUACGCAGCGGAAACGCCCGUCAUUUGGACGACGAAGGAGCUCGUUUUCUCGAGGUUCAUUUGUGGGCCAAAAUGGCAGCUUCAUUUCGACUUCGUUGAAAGAAGAUCAUGACCCGACCAGCGGGGAAGGGAAGCAUGAACCAUUUUUCAAAGAAGUUCCCAGUAAUGAAUCCGAGGAAGAGCUACUAGAUCCAAACACAACAGUGGAUAACAUCCGAGAAACGAGUUCUGUAACUUCUGAUCGAGAGACCACAAUUUUCAAUACAGAGCUUGAAUCGAAGGAUGACGAAACGAACAGAGCAUCUCAACAAUCCAAAUACUUCCAAAGUCCCGUCCAAACCCAUGAUGAGCUCUUGCAGCAAUACACACCUUUCCACAAUGGACCGACCUCCACGUCAAAAUCGUAUUCUACCAGUAAAAACGUCCAUGCAGUGGCUGGUGCCCGCCAAAGCGACAAGAUUGACCCGGAACCUCGACUUUCGGAGGACCCGGAGCUGAUAGAAAUUGCUAAUUUCCCAACAGAUCGUCUUUUGGACAUGCUGACUGCUUUGCUCGACAAAAUAGUACAGUCGAAUGAUCUGCUGCACCGAGAUCGGUCUCCGAGCGAGCGGCAAUCAGAGCCAGAAGUAGGGCUACCGACUCAAACGUAUAGCAUGGGCACAGGGAUGUUUGCAGAGCUUCUGAGUUUUCGCGGAAAGCACGUACCGGCGAUCACACUGCAACAGUAUUUUCAGCGAAUACAGAAAUACUGCCCAACAACCAAUGAUGUUUUUUUAUCGUUGUUGGUGUAUUUUGAUAGAAUAGCCAAGGCUUGCAACAAUGGAAAGGAACAAACGUUUGUGAUGGACUCUUUCAACAUCCAUCGGUUAAUCAUAUCUGCGGUCACAGUGAGCACCAAAUUCUUCAGUGAUUUUUUCUACAGUAAUUCCAGAUAUGCAAGGGUUGGCGGUAUCUCUUUGAAGGAGCUGAAUCAUUUGGAGCUUCAGUUUUUGGUUUUAUGUGACUUUGAGCUGAUCAUAAGUGUUGAGGAGUUACAGAAAUAUGGGGUUUUGUUGCGGGACUUUUGGCAAAGGGAGCAGGGAGAACCUGAUCCUGCGAUUGUAGUAUAG